AUGGCAACAGAAAGCGGACCUGCACGUGCUGGAGUGGUCUCGCCGCUGCCUGCAGAAGCCGUGGGCUGGGGCUACAUUUCCAGAACAUGGCACGGCACGCUGAGUGAGCCGGCUGCCAUGGCGGGUUUGCACGUGGAAGCCUUCAACACGUGCUCUGACGGCGCGUGCGGGCUGCACGCGUUUCUGGGCCAUGCCAGUUUGGACGGCUCCGUGAAACUUCUUGGAGCUAGAGACAAAAUGGUGGAGCAGCUGGAGAUGAUGUGGGCAUGUGGUUUUCAGGCCGAGCAGUGGGGUCGGCCCUUGGAAGGAUUCGAAACCAUGUUGUGGCACGAGUUUGUGCUGCCUGGGGCAGGUUACUCUGCAGAACCUGCUUGCACGGAAGCGAAGCUGUUCUGGGCCUUGCUGCCGGAGCGGGCACAAGCUGGUGCUGUAGAUGUCAUUGCACGCAGCGGUCCCGCGCCUGCUCUACCGCAUCCCGGGUUUCUGUCGGAGGUGUGGCACACGUAUUUGGCAUGUGUGCAGGCACCGUCGCAUUUUUUCAGCGACGAAGAACUGCUGUGGUUGGCCGAGUGGAUGCAGAAGGGGCUUUUGAUCUACGAUCUGCCAGUAGAGGCAGGCAUGGCUGUUUUGGUUGGGAUGCAUUGGCGAGACACUGCCGAACAUGUUUUGAUCGUUCGACGCAGCGGCGGGCGUGGUCACUUUGAACGUUUGCUGAGACAGGAGCUCGCCGGCGAGGCGGACAGCGAGCGGGACUGCACGGAAGACGACGAGGCUAUGUUCAGUUCAAGUUCGAGUGCAGGGGCUUGCGAAGACAGGUCGGGCAUGGCUGACAGCGAGCGCGACACUUUCAUUCCCUUUCCCGAGGAACCGGCACAAACACAGAGUUGCGACUGUGGCGUGCCGUCUCCUUCAAAGGAUGCCUCAUGUGGGACCGCUGCAUCGGCGGAGGCUGCGAUGGUCCUCGCCGGCACGAGCCAUCUCGCGCCAGGUGGCAUUGAAGACGGUGCUUGCGCAGAUGACGUUCGAGAGUGCAGUCGGGAAGAGGAGUGGUUUGAAACAGCUUGUGGCACUGCGAACAUGGCUUCCGAGUUCGACUUCAUUGCAGACUGUGCAGCCAAGCUGUCUUUGCGCCUGAAAGACCAGCCGACGCUUCCAACCGUGAACGGCGUGGAACCAGAGACCUGCAUCAACAAGUACGUGUGGCUUCCUGCCUACCAUUGUCCUUUUGCCGGAUGUGACUUUGUGUCAGAGGAACGUGAGAAGCUCAUGCAACAUCUGGCUGGCGCAGCGUCGCCUCAUGCGCCCGAUCUCUGUGUCCAAUGGCCAGCCGCCUGGCUAGCGCCGAGUUCUUUGACACUGCUGAGUGCGGCUAUCGCCAGGAUUGAGCGUGCAGGCGUGCCGAAAGUGGGCGGAGUGACCCGACGUGCGCUGCGAGUCACGGCUCGGUCACUGCGCAAGGUACGCAGUCUGAUUUGUUUCGUUUGUGGCCAGAUACACGUCCAAGCGGCGUCACUCCCCACAACUGCAGGUGGAAGUGGAUGUACAGCCAUUCAAUUACGGCCGGUGGCUUGGUUCGUCCUGCAGGAGCAGCGCUGCCCAGGUGUGUUGAUGAACAGCUGUGGUCGUCAACUGUACGAAGCACGCUACGGGCUGGAGCCGAUGUUGGGCGACGAACCUCUGGCGUGGCGUGAUUGGUGUGUUCGCUUGCCGUCCAGUCCAGGUGGCGACGGUCGCUUCUGGGAACUUUUAGGCGCGACGGAGGACAUCGAAUGCCCUGGUGCUCAUUUCGCCUCUGCUAGAUCUGCGUGCAGCACUUUACCGCUGACACUGUGCUGGGAUUGCCAGCUGCCUGUGUGCCAUGAGUGUUGCAGGGUCAUCCAGGGCAGCCAGUCCCACCAGAGCUGGAUGGGACCGCCAAUGGCGAUAGCCAACGAUCAUCUGUACGGAUUUGUGCACAAGAUAUUGGUGGAGAAGCAUGUAUCGUGGCUGGAAGCUGCUGCGUGCUCACCGGUAUGGACUGGAAUACUAGUUUACUAUUUGGAGUCUCCCUAUGGCGACUUGGUAAAUGAGCGACUGAGUGGGCCUCAGUCACGCACAGGCUCACGCGGCAACCUUUACAGCUUCGAGAUGCCGUGGGAAUCGAUCGAAAUGCAAUGUGCCGACUUGAGUGCUGAGCUGCCACAUGCGGAAACUGACCUGGGCCGGUUGAUGCACAUUCAUGUUGUAGGGGCCGGCCGAGAAUCAUUUCCCAGCUUGGAGGGAGCAACGCUGCGGGCGGAUGUGUUGCAGGAGUUGAUCGCGUGCAUGCGGGCAGCCGGUUUUGCGGGUUACACUGCUGCAUGUGAUUCGGCCGAGCUGGUGGCAGAGCGUGUGGACAGACUGUAUCGGUGUAAAUAUGGCGAUGCGGCAUUCGUGCCCGACGUAAUUUUGCAGUCGACUGUGAUGACCGCAGCUCGUCAGGCCAACCCAAAAGAGUCGUUGAUAUGGGACAAACCUGCGACACCGGCGGAGCCAUGCACGCAGUUGCCCAAAUUGGAGCCGACGUUGCGGCCGCUGUCUUUCGCGACGGAGGCUUCCGGGCGAGGGUGGAAUGAAGCUCACGAAGAGUACGGACGAGUCCUGGGUCGCUUGGGUACACUGCACGUGCCCCUGGGAAGCCAGUUGUUGGAUCAGUUCUGUGCGCACUAUUUGCCUGUGGCUUUUCCGUGGACCUUCCGCAGACCUGUGGGCGGGUUCGAUGUGGAAGGGAAACCGCGGUGGCGACGGCCGGGGCCUGCCGAACGCGUGUUAUUUCCCGAAGAAUGUGCAGAAGCCGAUUUGGAAAGAGACCCUGCCCCAGUGAGCUUGUGGGACUUGGUGCGGGGUUUGCCAAGAAGGUCAGAGUGUCAGUUUCGCAGGCACUGGAACUUGAUACCCGGGCUGUUCAACUUGUUUUUCAGGCAUGAGCUGAAUCAAGGGCUCAGCCUCUCCGUGUACAAGCCGGCGGCAAGGAGUAUUGACGGCGGCCAGUGGGAGCAGUCGGCGGCAAAAGCUGCUGCAGAUUUGUACACCAAGUUGCAGACUGGUGUGUAUCGGUCAACCACUGGCCAGUUGCGCCCCAGCAACCACGACUUCACGAAAUUGCGUUACGCAAUUGGCUUGUCCGAUCAACAGAGAAGCUUGCUCAAGGAUUUCCAGUUCCGAACGAAAACCUUGCCUGGCACGCAGGAAGUGCGUCGCUCCAUCGGAUAUGUGGCCUACUGGGCCAACGUGGUUUACGGGCCAGGUUUGUUUGUCACGGUGACGCCAGGUGAGCGUCAAAACUAUUUAGCUAUUCGCUUGAUGCGUGCUCGUGCCAACGAUCCGCACAUGCAGACCGACCCGAAAGCUCGACGUUGGAUGGGCUGCAACAUGCCGGACAUGCAAGCUCGGGCUGAAGACGAGUUCGAAGUUGACGUGCCUGGGUACGACAUGCGGAAGCUGCUCAUGGCACAGGUUUGGCUGCAAGUAGAGCAUGAUGUGGGCUCAGAGUUCAAAGGCUGA